GACCCCAAAUCUAUGGGCCCUGAUAAAGACAGAAACAUCACUAUUCAAGGGCGUACCUACACAUUUAGUCUGGGCAUCGAUGGUAUAGCUUUAUCACCCACCUUGAACUAUGUCUACUACUCCUCUGUUGGUUCGAAACAACUGUGGCAGAUUCCGACAUGGGUACUUCGGGAUAAAGACUCGGACUUUUCCGGCAAUGUCCGUCUCGUUGGAAGCAAGAAAUCCAAUGCUGAUGGCAUUAUGUUUGGACACAGGGGCUUGUACUACGGGGCGCUUGGGCUCAAUGCUGUUUUUAAGUGGGACAUAGAAAUGGACAUCUUGUCCCAAGGUGUUUCUGAAGGGGAAGUUACCCUUGUCACUGACACGCCAGUGGCACAGAAUUGGGAAUCCAUGCAGUGGCCAGAUGGUUUUGCGUUUGGUAAUCCAGAUAUUGAAAAUCUAUAUUUCAUUACCAACCGAGCACACCUAUAUCAUGCUGGGAUAUUGGACUUCUCUGGUGGUCAAGGACCCAAUUUUAGAAUAUUUCGACUUCCUGUGAAUGAUUCCAGUUAUUUAACUAGCCCACAGCAUCACUUUCCACAUAUAGGUAUAAUAGGUUAA